AUGUCUAUACAUGAGGUUACAGAUGAAGACGCCGAAGAUAUUCUGGCCGAGGCUCUAGAGUUUCUGGGCGGUAAACCUGUGAUCGAAAACAACUUCAUCCGAUAUGGAUCUUUAGUUUUGACACUGGCACCAAAGGCAAACUCGCUUUUGGCAGAUCACCUAUUCUCCCCGGCACUGUUUCUGGCGGAGAGGAUUGAAAGAGGACUCCUUCAUGAUCUCAGCGGGAAAACUGUUGUUGAACUUGGAGCAGGCACUGCUCUUCCGUCAUUAUUGUUGAGCAUUCAAGCAAAUCCACCGUCCCUUCUUGUUGUCACCGACUAUCCUGAUCCUGCAAUUCUGGGGAAUGUUGAGGCCAACGUACAGAGGAACGCUGCUCUUGUGAAACCUGGAUGUACUGUGAAGUGUGAGGGCUACGAAUGGGGGACAGACCCGCUGAAACUACUAGAGAUCUGCAAAUCCGACAACGGUUCGAAAGGAGGUUAUGAUGUAAUGAUUUUGUCGGACUUGUUACAUUUCUUUGACUCGCACGAUGUAUUGCUAUCUUCCAUUAGCAUGCUACUUGCCAGAACUAAAGAGGCACGAGUAUUUAUUGGAGCUGGAUCGUACACUCGAGCUCACGUCUGCGAAAAUUUUUUGCAGAAGGGAGAGGAGAUGGGACUCUGCCUGGACGAAAUUAUUGAUAACGAUAAGUGGCUGGGAACACUUCCUGUGAGCGACUUGGAUCUUGAAGCCUUGUCACUGCGGAAAAACAAUUGCCGCUAUUGGGUUGGGCGGUGGUCAGAUGUCCCCCAACUAACACCGUCAUAA